AGUGAGGAGAGUCAACCAUCUCUUUUUGGAGCUUUGUAUUUGUAAGGCUUCGAAGACUCCACAUACUCUAUCAUCCCCUUUCUCUCUCUCGCACCUUUUCUCCUUUCUCUCUGCAAAAAUCUCAAAAGCCUUUUCCUCUUCCUUUUCCUCUUCUCUCUCUCCUUUUUUUAAUCCCUACCAGCAUAGUCAAGCAUGCAGCAGUGAGAAACUAGGGUUCCCUUUCUUAUUUAUAUUUUUUUGGUUGGUGCCCUUUCGCAGACCAAAACAGCAGCAGGCAUUUAAGCUUCUUGGGUCAGUCACCAGCUUAAGAGUCUUAGAGAGAGAGAGAGAAUCUAAGCAGGAAGAGAGAGAGAGGGAUAGAGAGCGAAUAGCUAAGCAGGAAGGACCAGUACUUUGAAACGGGCUUGCCUUCUUUCUCUUUCUUUCUCUCUAGAGAGGGGAGCUGGAGACAUUUGCCGUUUGUCUCCUCUACCUCUCUCUCUCUCUCUCCUUUACUCAGUUUUUCCGAGAUACCCAUUUGGUUUUUCUCUUCUAUUUAUAUUUUCUUUGAUUUCGCGUCGAUUUGGUUUCCUGGUGGGUGUAAAGAGAGAAAAUUACGUCGGGGGUUUUAGUCCAUUUUGGGAAGUGCAGCCUGUAAAUCUGUAAAAAGGGGGAGGAAAAUCUGGAGGCUUGAAAGAGAAGGUUUUGGGUUUUAUUUGAUGAGUUUUGGGGGUUUUCUUGACAAUAGUACCGGCAGUAGUGGCGGUGCAAGAAUCGUCGCUGAUAUUCCUUACAACAACAACCACCACCACCACCACCACCACCACAACGCCAACCACACCAGUAUGCCCUCUGGUGCAAUCGCUCAGCCUCGACUCGUGACUCAGUCUCUCACCAAAUCAAUGUUCAACAACUCACCAGGCCUCUCACUCGCUCUUCAGACUAAUGCCGACGGAGGCGGAGACGCGCCGAGAAUGGCUGAGAAUUUCGAGGCGAAUAAUAACGUCGGCGGGCGGAGGAGCCGGGAGGAGGAGAACGAGAUCAGUAGAUCUGGCAGCGAUAACAUGGACGGCGCCGGCUCCGGCGAUGAAGGAGACGCCGCGGAUAACAGCAACCCUCGUAAGAAGAAGAGAUACCACCGACACACCCCGCAGCAAAUCCAAGAGCUCGAAGCGUUAUUCAAGGAGUGCCCUCAUCCUGAUGAGAAGCAAAGGUUGGAGCUUAGCAGAAGGCUAAAUCUUGAGACCCGGCAAGUCAAGUUCUGGUUCCAAAAUCGCCGAACCCAGAUGAAGACUCAACUUGAACGGCAUGAGAACUCUUUGCUGAGGCAAGAGAACGAUAAGCUUCGAGCCGAAAACAUGUCCAUCAGGGAUGCCAUGAGGAACCCAAUUUGCACAAACUGCGGCGGUCCGGCCAUGAUAGGCGAUAUUUCUAUUGAAGAGCAACAUCUCAGGAUUGACAAUGCCCGAUUAAAGGACGAGUUAGACCGGGUUUGUGCACUUGCCGGCAAGUUCUUGGGCCGCCCAAUUUCGACUCUAGGUCCAUCAAUGGGGCCCCCACUGCCGAGUUCAGCUCUAGAACUCGGAGUUGGGAACAAUGGGUUCGGUGGGAUGAGCUCAGUGGCUACAACAAUGCCAUUGGGACCCGAUUUUGGAGCGGGGCUUGGGGGUGGCAUGCCGAUUGUGGCUCACACUAGGCCGGUGGUGGGAGGGCUCGACGAGAGGACUAUGUUUUUGGAGCUAGCUUUGGCCGCCAUGGAUGAGCUUGUGAAGCUGGCUCAGACUGAUGAGCCACUUUGGCUGAGGAGCUUGGAAGGUGGGAGAGAGGUGCUGAAUCACGAGGAGUACAUGAGGAGUUUCACGCCUUGCAUUGGGUUGAAGCCUAAUGGCUUUGUUACCGAGGCUUCUAGGGAGACUGGUAUGGUCAUCAUCAACAGUUUGGCUCUGGUUGAGACUCUGAUGGACUCGAAUCGAUGGCUGGAGAUGUUUCCUUGUAUGAUUGCCAGAACUUCUACCACUGAUGUGAUUUCCAGCGGUAUGGGAGGGACUAGAAAUGGUGCACUUCAACUGAUGCAUGCUGAGCUUCAAGUCCUAUCGCCUUUGGUUCCAGUCCGUGAGGUCAACUUCCUCCGCUUCUGCAAGCAGCACGCCGAGGGUGUGUGGGCGGUGGUGGAUGUGUCCGUCGACACAAUCAGAGACAAUUCUGGUGCACCCACAUUUGUAAACUGCAGGAGGCUCCCUUCUGGCUGUGUUGUACAAGAUAUGCCUAAUGGUUACUCCAAGGUUACAUGGGUUGAGCAUGCAGAGUACGACGAGAGCCAAGUCCACCACCUGUACCGACCCUUGUUGAGUUCCGGCAUGGGGUUCGGCGCGCAGAGGUGGGUCGCCACGCUCCAGCGCCAAUGCCAGUGCCUCGCUAUCCUCAUGUCCUCCACGGUCCCGGCCCGCGACCACGCCAACACCAUCACUCAGAGCGGGAGGAAGAGCAUGUUGAAGCUGGCGCAGCGAAUGACUGACAACUUCUGCGCCGGGGUCUGCGCCUCGACGGUCCACAAAUGGAACAAGCUGCACGCCGGCAAUGUGGACGAGGACGUCCGCUACAUGACCAGAGAGAGCAUGGACGACCCCGGCGAGCCGCCGGGCAUUGUGCUCAGCGCUGCCACUUCGGUCUGGCUCCCAGUCUCCCCACAAAGGCUCUUCAAUUUCUUGCGCGACGAGCGACUCAGGAGCGAGUGGGACAUCCUCUCCAACGGUGGGCCCAUGCAGGAGAUGGCCCACAUCGCCAAGGGCCAGGACCAAGGCAACUGCGUCUCCCUCCUCCGCGCCAGAGCCAUGAACUCAAACCAAAACAGCAUGCUGAUAUUACAAGAGACGUGCAUCGACGCGGCCGGGUCGCUUGUGGUCUACGCGCCGGUGGAUAUUCCGGCCAUGCACGUGGUGAUGAACGGAGGGGACUCGGCCUACGUGGCGCUGCUGCCGUCGGGGUUCGCGAUAGUCCCGGACGGGCCGGGCUCGCGUGGUUCGGAGGCCAAGGCGGGCCAGGGCAGCAGCAACGGCGGCGGUGAGGCCAGAGUGAGUGGGUCACUGUUAACGAUGACGUUUCAGAUAUUGGUCAACAGUCUGCCGUCGGCGAAGUUGACCGUGGAGUCGGUGGAGACUGUCAACAAUCUCAUCUCCUGCACCGUUCAGAAGAUCAAGGCCGCGCUCCAGUGCGAGAGCUGAUGAGCUGGUCACGUGAUCGGGCUGAUCGUCGUCGUCGUCGUUUUUCCGUUUUUAAACAUUAGUCGUGUUGUGCAUGUGGCCGGGGUGUGGUUUGGUUUAGGCGGUGUAGUUAUGUUUUCUUUUAUUUAGGUGGUUGGUGCGGCGGUGCUGAGUAAAUGUGGUGGUGGCGGGGGUGUUGAGUCAAGAACGAACCGCGCUUGAAAGAGUCCUUGCUUUUUGGUAGUCCCAGUCGGCGCGUGUAAACGCACGCUCCGGUUGUGAUCUUAGCACGAGGCAAGGCUGGUGGUUCGGGUAUUGACUCGGGUCCAACCCUCGAAAAGGUUAUCAGUUAAAGAGGCUCUAAGUCAAGAUGGAGAAGAAAAAGGGUCUUUUUGGAAUCUUAUAGGUUUUAAAUUUUAAUUUUCUGUUGUUGUUUAUGUUGGUUGACCAGGAUUUGACCGUUGUAAUGGGUUUCAUUUUCAUGACAAAUACAUAUUUAAGAUUUGGGAUUUUUGGAGGUUUUUAAA